AUUUGUUUUUGUGUUUUUUUUUGCAGCACGAUUUUAGUUUAAUGAAUACGAAAGCCUUUGCGAACCUAAAAGGCUCUGGCGGUAACAUAUGGGAAGUCUUUGAAGUUUUAGAUGAUGCCCGACGUGCUAUUUUCAGAAAUACCGUCUUUGGCUAUUUUAUUGAUGUCCCUCGUUUACAAGGGGACGCUUUAUUGUUUCAUAAAAUGUUCCUUCAUCAGAUCCGGCCGGACCCUGUUUUAUCUCCAGAUGGAAUAAAACGUUUAUAUUUUCGAGUAGGCAAUACCAAAAUGGUUUAUGGGCCGAAAGAGUUUUGUUUGAUUACCGGCUUCAAUUUUGGGGAGUAUCCAAAAAACAUUGGGAGAAAAGGGUCGGAAAAAUUAAUAAGCAGUAAAAAAAGAUGUUUACUGCGUGAACGGCUAUUUCCGGACCAUACUAAUAGUUCGGUGAAAAUCGGCGACCUGAAAAGUUUAAUUUUAAAUCAAACAUUCCUAGCACUUGACGACCUUGAUGCAGUUAGAGUAUGUUUGAUAUACAUUUUGUGUGAAGGUUUUUUGGGCAAAGAAGUUAACGAUCGGGUGCCACAAGAUUGGUUUUAUUUGGCUGAGAAUUUGGAUCUCUGGAAUAGCUUCGCUUGGGGUAGCUAUCUAUGGGAUUUUACUUAUGUUGACCUUGAGGAUACGUGGAAUAAGAUACAUCAUUAUUUAUCACUUCCUGAGCGUGGUCAAACUUUAAAGUAUUCCGUCUCAGGAUUUACGGCUCCAAUUAGGAUAUGGAUAUAUGAGAUGAUUCCGGCUGUUCGUGCAUGUGGAUUUGCAUUGAGAAAAAAUAAAGACUUGCCUCGGAUGAAAAGAUGGAGCGGAACAAAAAAAUUGAAAUGGGUUGACGUGAACAAGAUUUGGUCAAAGAUGCAGGAGGGGCUACCACCAAGACAAAACAUGUUACCGGGUGAUGGUGAGAUGACAUCUUUUUAUUAUAUGUCAUUUCAAGAGUAUGUAUAUGGUGAAGGGAAAGCAGUUCCAUCCCCAGUACGGGACCAUUUUAGGAGACAAGACGAAUCUUCGUCUAGUAUGUCGUCCAGUGGUCGCUCUUAUGGUAGAGGUCGGGGCAGUGGGAAACACAAGCUAGACGAGUUGUUGAAACGGGUACAUGCACUGGAGCAGCAUGUGUUUAUGAAUCAACAAAAACCUACAGAGGUUUUUUUUGAAGAAGUGAAUAAUGAACAAUUUUGGAACGACAUUAUUUUUGAGGAACCGACAGUGUCACAAAGAAAUUAUGAUGAACAGGUUAGUUACACGCUACAUUAUUUAUUAAAUUUUAUUAACAUAUAUGAAUACCUGUGUUCAUAUUUUAUAUUUGAAAAUAUAGGUUGUGCAAGAUGAAGUGAUGAAUAAAAA